GUUCAGAAGGAGGCAGUGGAUUAGCUUUGGAGGGUUGCACCAUGUCGGAUCGAGAGAGUGGCGAUGAGCAACAACAGCCGCAGGCCCAAGAAGCUUCAGAUCCUGGUGGGUCUGCGGAGCAGGAGUUGGCCACACGCACACUACACAUCCAGUCCAAAAGAUUUUAUUUAGAUGUGAAACAAAACAAGCGUGGUCGCUUCAUCAAGGUGGCAGAGGUUGGUGCCGGAGGAAAGAAAAGUCGUCUUCUACUGGCCAUGUCAUCUGCAGCUGAGUUUAGGGACUUUUUGUCUGAUUUCUCAGAGCACUACGCAUCGUUAGGUGAGCACAGGCCUACAAAUUCAGAAACACCACCAGAAGAUGGCAAGCUGAAAAGUGAGAUGAUCGUUAAAGAUAAUCGUCGCUACUACUUGGAUUUGAAAGAAAACCAACGUGGCAGAUUUCUUCGGGUUUCUGAACAGGUGUCUCAGACCAUCCCCCGUGGAGGUCCCCGUUCACAAAUAGCCAUACCUGCUCAGGGUAUGAUAGAGUUUAGAGAUGCACUUACUGAACUGUUGGAGGAGUUUGGCACAGAUGAUCAAGAACCACAGAAUGAGCUACCAGAAAGUCGUUCUAUGAGAGUAGAAAACAAAAUGUUCUAUUUUGAUGUAGGCUCUAACAGGAGAGGUGUUUAUCUUCGCGUCUCGGAGGUGAGUGUCAGAAAUAAUUUCCGGACGGCAAUCACCAUUCCAGAACGAUCAUGGGGAAGAUUCCGUGACAUCAUCUCCGAGUUUGUUGACAAAUCUAGUGCAAAGCCAGAGACUGAAUAAAUUGACAGCCCCUGCGUUUUGCCUGUGAUAUCUGGCCCCCAACUUUGCUACAGAUGACCUGCAGAGGAAAUGUGCUUUCUGAUUGGAUGGCUUGUGUUUGUGUGACGUCAUGUGACUGGACUAGUAGGAUUUGACCAGUGUUUUUGUUGUCUAAUUACUCCAUAAUGGGACAUUUUGUCGACACGAGGUUCAACUGGGUUUUCUAGACAAAUGUUUGUAUAAUGAUAUAUAUUUCUAAAUAUAUAUAUCUGUAUGUGUUAAAGAGCAGACAUUUACAAUCCCCCCCUUUAUUUCAGUCUGCUGGAGUAACAUCCCUUUGUUUCAGUCUGUUGGAGUUUAUAAUCCCCUAUGUGCGGGAUGCUAAGAUAGUGUCUUAUGCAAUGUAGUCCUCCCCCCAAAUGCAGUCUUGUAGCAAGCUGCACAUCUAUGGUGCUGUUACACGGUUGGAUUGAUGACUUGAGUGGUCUCGGUACAUCACCAACAUAAGUAUCAGUCUAUCACCAUCCUACAGAGCAUCAGUAUUAUCAACUGGAUGCUUCGAGUGUUCAGAGCGAGUGAUUGUGUCUGUCAACUCACCGUUAGGGAAACAAGAAGUCUUGUGUUAGAAUUGAACUCGGUCUCACACUAGUGUAGGUUUGUGAGAAUAGUUCCUAUCCUGUAGAGACACGGGGAAUGAUCUACACCUUAACUUAUAGAAAAUACAAUGCUUGAAUAUAUAGAAAAUACAAUGCUUGAAUGCGAUCGUGCGUGAGGAAACUUGGGCGUGUGAAUGUGUGCAUUGUGUGGGUGUGUGUGGGGUGACCUGAGUGAGUUAUUUCAUUGUUAUCUCAUGACUACCAUUAGACUGGUACUGGGACUCUUCUCCAAGACAUUGUGUUGGACUCACUGAACUGUGUAUUGAUCUAUCUAUGUGCUUUGAUGUCUUCAUAAUGAACUAUUCAGUCAAAGUGACUGUGUCAUGAAUUGUUUAUAUUUUAUACUUGUCAUAACAAAAUCAUCUCUUGUCCACCAAUCCUUGCAACAUUUUUUUUUUUAGCUCUGCUGUUCAUUGUUUUUAUCAUAGGGAAACUGGAGGUUUUUUUUUAUCCCAGUAAAACACUGUUUUUUUUUUAUCCCAGGGAAUUAGUGGUUUUGGGGAGGGGGGGGGGGUGUUAUCAUUUUCUGCUUUAUUCACUUUUUUUUUUCAAACUUUUUUUUUAUUUAUUUCAAACAUUUGACUUAGCUCCAUUAUCAAUUCUAAUCUUAAGAGAAACUUUUUUUUGAUUUAUUUCAAACAUUUGACUUAGCUCCAUUAUCAAUUCUAAUCUUAAGAGAUGAUGUAUUCGUCUGGUUAGUGCAGAAUAGAAAAGUGUGGAGAUUUGUUGAGAUCAACUACAGUUUGUCCAGAAUUCUCUUAAAAGGUUGAUGACAGUUUUUUUUUUCUUUGAUGGCUAACUCUCUCAGUGAUAGUUUGAAUUAUCAAUUAGCAUUUUUUUACUUAAUUUAAUGUGUUGAAGACAAAAAAAAAAUCAUUCAGCACUUGUGCUGGUAGUUUGUAUAUUUAUAGUCACGUCUUUGUUGUUUUAUUUGGGAAUAAUUUGGUUUUGAUUUUGAAUCAACCUUUGUAUGGUGAUGGAAAGAUGGUUAAAUUUGUGUAUGCUAUGGAGUGAUGGAAGAAUAUCUAUAAUAGAAGCACAUUUCCGCUGCCUGCGAGCCUGUGGCUGGGCGAGAGUUUUGUUCUGUAAAAGGAACUGGCCUGCGUCUUGGUUCAACAUGUAUCUCUAGUGUUGUGGUGUUGGUGGAAGCGGUUGGUGGUCAACCAUCUCGACACUUUUUUUUUUUUUUUCUUAUUUCUGGUGGGGGAGGUGUUUGUAAGAAACUGUCCCCGCAGGUGGGAGGGACCACCAAGUGCUUCCCUGUACUUGUGUUAGUGUAAAGAAGGAAAAACAUAUGAAAAAAAAACACAAAAAAGAACUUAUGUACCUUUUGUUGACUACUUUGUGUAUAUUUGUAACACAGACUAGCAGUCUAGUGGUUUGUGGUACAGGUGGCUCACUUGAUUCCAACUCCUUAGUUCACUCUCUUGUCUGUAAAAGUUUGAGAUUCUGACUUGGUUCUUUUAGCGAUAACUCUCCUAGGCCUUAGAAUUGUCGACCCGAAUUCCGCUUAGUUUUCUAGGGACAUCAUUUCCUACGGUAGGUUCACAUUUGGUGAGACAUUUCUGAUUCUUAUUGCUUUGAAGACUUUAGUUCACUGUUGUUGUUUUAUUCAUUGGCUUUUAUGGUAUCUUAGAAUUUUGUUUCUUUAUGAAGAAAAAGUUGAAAUGGACUUUUUUUUUUUUUUUGACUGUAAUGAAAUAUUUUAUUUGAUCUUAACUUAGAACAAAAAAAAAAGACAUUUUCAUGUUUCUUUAGUUGAAUUAGGAAAGGUUAAUUUUGGUCAAUAAUUUCACAUGUUUAAAUAUAUUGUUGUUAAUGGCCUCAUUUUGGAUAGCCACAUAACAUGUCAAUAGAAAACAUUAAGCUGGUCACAUGCUACAGUAGAACUUGAGUUUGUUCUAAAGCAAAGUGUUAGGCUGGUCACAUUAGACCAUGUGAUCCAUACAGUUAGUUAGCACUUCAAUUUAGUUUGCUUGUUUUUACCAUUUCAUGCUUUUUUUAAAAAAAAUCAUUUGUACAUGUAUUGUAAAAUAAACCAUCUGAUUUUAUGGAUAAA